CGUCGUGUAGCUUCACCGCGCGCCGCUGUGGACACGCAAAGAAUCGAAAGUGCUGGAGUGUUUUCAUCCAGCGGGAUCUGGGAAUGGGGUUAUUUUCACUUUUGAAAUGACUUGACGCUCUAAAAGGGAUUGGUGGACGGUGAACUUGCACUUGGGGGGCAGUUUGACAGUUCAUGGUCAGAGCAAACUGAGGCGUUAGAGAGAGAGAGAGAGAGAGUGUUGUGUUAAAACCGCUCUAUUUUAAUUACUGCUGUAAGAAUGCUGCUAAGCGAUGAUACUGCCACUAUGCCCGUGGAGAGGAUGCGUAUGCGACCAUGGCUGGAGGAACAGAUAAACUCGUGUAAAAUACCAGGACUUAAAUGGGUUAAUAGGGAAAAGAAAAUCUUUCAGAUUCCGUGGAUGCAUGCUGCACGGCAUGGCUGGGAUGUGGAGAAAGAUGCACCUCUGUUUCGAAACUGGGCCAUACACACAGGCAAAUACCAACCCGGGGUGGACAAGCCUGACCCCAAAACAUGGAAGGCAAACUUUCGCUGUGCUAUGAACUCCCUGCCUGACAUUGAGGAGGUGAAAGAUAAAAGCAUCAAAAAAGGAACAAAUGCCUUUAGGGUUUACAAGAUGCUGUCGGCAACAGAAAGACAGUCAAAGAGAGGUAAGAAGAGACCAGAUAAAGACAUAAAAGUAAAGGAGGAGCAGCAGUGCACUGUUUCCUCUGCCUGGGAGAGUACCAAUGGCUCCACAAGGACUGCAGGAGCUGCAGGAGCACGAACAGUCAAACAGGAAGUAGAUCACACUGGCACAGAAAGAGAAGCUGGAAGUCGCAGUCCUUCCGAAGACCAUCUGAUAAUCCCGGACGUGUGUCAGACCAUUGAAGUGGUGACAGAGAACGAGGAGCAGGCCGUGAGCUCCACCCACUCCUACCCCCUUCAGAUCUCUCCAAUGUCUUCAUACGGAGAGAGCGACACUGACAGCGUGCAAAGCGAAGAUGACUCCAAAGAGCAUAUGCGAGCACUUGUAUGGGAUCAUCAUGUAGAGGCAAAGCCAGCCUUGGACACCUCCACGAUGCGGACAUCUUUACCCAGCAUGUCCACUUUCAUCGCUAAGCCCAACUUCAGGAUUACAGCUGUCCAGGACACCACGUCCACUGCCUUUCAUGGCCCCUAUAACACCGGGGGACCAUGGAGCCUCUUGACCACACCUCACUCUCCAUCACAACCCCCAGCAGCUUCCAGCAAACCUCCUGUCCACGAAAAACGGGCCAGUGUCAUCAUGAAAACCUCAGACGUAUCAAAAUCUGUCAAGAGUUACUAAGGAAAACCACCUCAGUAACUGAAACCCCUUGCCUUUUCUUGAUCCUGGCUUCAUUUGAGGCUGUACUGAAAUUUAACAUGGAUCAAAGAACCUAAGCAACACGAACCUAUUGAUGAUCUCACAGCUAGCAAAACUGAUGGUGAUGAUGAUGAUGAUGGUAAUGUGUGGCUCGCUAAAUAGUUCAUCUAAGCCAUGAAUGAGAUAAGACAUGAUGCAGGGCAAAUGCAGGAUUCAGUGCAGGUCCAGGUUUUUAUUUCAGGGAGCGGUCUAGUACAGAGACAGCAACAUUGCCAUUGUUUCCAACUCGUUUCAGAUGUGUAUAUACAGGAGAGUCAUGAUGUCUAAUCAGAGGCAUUAGCUUUAGCACCUUAUAGUAAAAAAGCACUGAAUGAGAUUAUCUGUGGCCUUCUUUCUGUCUCUAUAGCACCAUGAGUGUGGAUACACACUUCUCUGAAAGGAUUUGUUAGUUUGUGUCUCUUAUCCAUCAAAGAAAGCACUUUUAAAGGUAACCUUUUUGUAUCUCAAAAUCUGACAUUGUUUAAUAUAUUGUUGUGUCUUAAGGGAUUUUUAAAAGGUGGCUAUUUACAUUUUUGCCCUGUAUAAUCAAUUUUGAUUCAUGGAUGUUUUUCUGAAUGGCAAAAUGGCACUUAUUUUUUUUUUCAAUACAUUGAUAUUUUUGCUUUCUACUGUAUGUGUGUACAUAUAAAUGUACAUUUAAACAAAUUUAAUUAUCAGUGCUGUGAAAAAGCAUUUGCCCCCUGAAGUCGUUUUCUGCAUUUUUGCGUCUUUGAUAGUAGAUUCUAAAAUCAGAAUAUAGUGUUUCAUGAAUCAAGCCCUAAAAGUUGUAGCAAAUAGGGAUGUGGUUUGGACCUUAUAUUUAGUUUUGAGGUGACUAUAUCAUAUGUGCACAUCUCUGUGAAUACACCUCACCUUCACCUCCAAGUAGUUAUGCAGUGCCUUGUUUUGAAUCAAACCUGGGUAGGCAGGUUUGACUUUUUUAUUGUAAGUACAGAUUGGUAUUCACUAUACACUAUUACAGACAGUGGAGAUGCAGCUGGAGUCAGUCGGUCCAGUCGUAUGCUGGCUUUCCAUAACCUCAUAAGAGUUUUUGGGAACAACUAGACCGGGAACAUGAGAAGCACAUGUCUACAGUAUGCUGGGUCAAAUUCACCCCCCCCCUUUAGCCAUUUACAUGUGCUUGUGAUCCACUGAGCUCUCUGUGCAUAUGAAUUCAAGCACAGAAAACACACACACACCACAGAAAGCAAGGUUCAGGUGUCCUGCAUCAACUAUUACCCCCUUCUCCCUUUCCCCCUUCUUUACAGUGAAGGCCUGUGCCAAAUCACAUCCUCACCUGCUACAACCUUAAAAGCAAAUGUGUAGAUUUUGCAGCUCACACAGGCCUGUCUGGAAAAAAGUAAUAGUAUCCAUCCUCAACAUCUGUUACUCCCACCUUCACCAGCAGUAACUGCAAAAUCAAUGAGUCCUGUAAGGAUUUUCUAUGCUUAAGAGAAAUCCUAUGCAUUUUCCCCUAUAUUAGCAUGCCUCUUCUCAGGUCACUGGUUUAGGUCUAGGUCAUCAUCAAAUGUGUUUUAUACUUUAUAUAUUUUUACAUUUAUUUGUGGAUAAUACAAAUGUAUAAUUA